AUGGACCUCUUGAAAAUAUUAGAUAGCACUCCGGAACCACCGAUCAUUGAUCUCCAGCUUCUGGAGAUCAAUACUUCGGGCGACUACAACCUUCCAACACCGAUGUUUGAAUUCCAGAAGGAACUCACUGACCAAAUUGUAUCACUUCAUUACCCUGAUAUUCUCAAGUUUUCCGAAACCAACGACUCUAAUGACCUGGUGGUGAAGUCUUUAGAGAUUUGUUACAACAACUGUAUAUCUGUUAGUGUCCACCCAUAUCUUUUGAUCAACCAUUACAUGCCCAAAAACUUGGCUCAAAAGGAUAUGCUGAGUAAAUUGGCCGAAACCAGUGGGAAAUUUCAUGUGUUGAAAGAUUUAAUGAACGUUAUUAUUCUGAACGAGGCACCCAACAAGAAUGUUGCUAUAGUGAUGAAUAACAAUAACAAGUAUUUUGAUUUGGCCGAGGCCUUGUUAUUGGGAUGUAAAGGUGAUAGGGUGAUCAAACGGUAUGUGGGAAAUCAUGUGAAGAAGGAAGGUGGUAAAGGCCGAGGGGCAGCAGCUGCGGCAGUAGCGGCAGCUGCUGCAGCAUCCACAGCCAGUGAAAUGCCACCACAAAUGACUGUGCUACAUUUAUUACCUCACGAUGGAGAAGGAAUAUGCCGAGAUCAAGAGUUACUUCGGGGAACAAAAUUUGAUGUACUUGUAGUAUUUGAUAGUUAUGUGGACACUGAACAUGAGUUUGUUCGUGGCAUUCGACAACAAAUGAGAGGUUUAGGAGAAGUUCCAGCCACCAUCAUUAGACUUGUACCUAUGAAAACCAUUGAACAUUGUCAAUUAUUUUAUAAGGAAGCUUGGAAAGGAGCUGAAUCUGAAAAGAAGGAAAAUUCAGGCACAAAAUUACAAACCGACUACUUGUAUAAGCUUAUUAGUUCUAUUGUUUGCUUGAGAGAACAAAUUGGGUUUUUACCACCUGAUUUAAUUCCAAUUUAUAAUCAGAAUUUGACAUAUUUAUCACAUACAUUUUUUGAUGAACUUUUCAAGAGAUCAACUACAAAGGCAGCAGCAUGGUCAUUACCUGAAUUACCCCUGAUACAAUAUUUUAGUCCAAUUGAUGUUGAAAGAUCAUUGCUUACAGAGGUACAUUAUCAUUAUACUCCCUAUGAUACCACUGGAAAUGGAUCUGGCACCAAUACAUUAGUUAGUGUCAUGGGAGGAGGAAGUACUGUUGAAUUCAAUGAUUCUGUGAAUACAUAUGAAGAAUCGAAAAAGAAAACUUAUUAUGAACUUCGAAGAUCUGGUGGACAAAGUUAUGUGACGAAUCCAUUAACAAAUGAUAUGAAUUCAUUAUUAGGAAUUUUCCCUGGAGAAAAUAUUAGUGGAGAAAAUAAACAACAAUCAUUGUCUUCCAAUACUCUUACACAUAAGUUAAUUAUGCGGAUGAAUAGUACAUAUUUACAAUGGAAAUUGAUCCAACAAGAACAUAAUCGAUAUUUAGAAUUCCAUGAUGAAAAAACGCAAAAGAAAGUCGGUCGUCGUGAAAAGGAUACUCAACAAUCACUUUCAACGAUUAUAAAUGAUGUUGAUCAUGCAAAGACAAGAAUUACUGCAGCAGAGAAGAGAUAUGGGAAACUUUCUAGCGAUAUUGAACAAGGUAAAGAGGAGCUCCGUAGAUUAGAAGGAUAUCUUGAUAAUUUCAUUGAAGAAUAUUCAAUUACGUCUCCGAAAUUGAAACAAUAUUAUGAAAAUCAAAAGAAAAUUUGGGAAAUUCAAGCAAAUAUUCAGGACCUGAUAACGAAAAUAUCAGCCAAACAUGAAGAGAAAUCAUUCAUGGCAACAGAAUAUGUAAAUGCUUUAAAGUCGACAAACGAAUUCAAGGAACAAAUAGAACAAGUGACAAAGAGUAAUGAAGAAACCAAGAGGAAAUUAGAAGAGAAUAGAGAAUCACAAGAGAAAGAAGAAUUGGAAUUCAAGAAACAAAAGAAAGUUCUUGUAGAUCAACUUGAACCGGAGAAGAAAAGAAGAGAAGUAUUGAGGGCUAAGUUAGGAAAAUCUUGGAAAUUUCUUCGUCAUACUUCUCAUUUGAAGAAGCGGAAAGGUAGGGGUAUUACUCCGGGGAAAUAG